UCGAGCCAUCCCCGCGGCGGGAGACGAGGCCGAGUUUGUAUUUCAGCGUCCCCGGCUGGCGGGGCCGAGCCCGGCCCCAGGCCGUGCGGCGGGUUCGCAACGCUCAGCCCCGAUCCUGCCGCUGCUGCCGCGGCCGGGGCGGGGGGGCCGGGGCUGCGAGCGCGGCCCGCGCGUUCCUGACGGCCGUACCCGGGGCGGAGGCGGCGGGGGGAGCCGGUGCCACCCCGCUCCGUCACACACACACCCCCCUCAUCGCGGCCGGCAGCUUUAAAAGCGGCGCGGCGGGUCGGGCUGGGGGGAAGCAGGCGGGGGGCAUCAUGCGGCGACCGCUCGCCAUCCCCGGCUGCUGCCUGGCCACGGCCGUGACCCUGCUGCCGCCGCUGCUGCUGCUGCUGCCGCUGCCGCCCCCGGCCCGGGGGCUGCCGCCCCGCCGCCCCGGCGCCCCAGACUCUGCCUGCAAGAACCGGCCCCUAGACCUCGUCUUCAUCAUAGACAGUUCCCGUAGUGUCCGACCUGAAGAGUUUGAGAAAGUGAAAAUCUUUUUGUCAGAAAUGAUCGAUACUCUGGACGUCGGUGAAAGAACAACGCGCGUGGCAGUCCUGAAUUAUGCCAGCACUGUCAAGGUAGAGUUUCCCCUCCGGACCUACUUUGAUAAAGCAUCCAUGAAGGAGGCUGUAUCUCGCAUUGCGCCCUUGUCUGCUGGCACGAUGACCGGCCUCGCCAUCCAAACUGCCAUGGAUGAAGUCUUCACUGAGGAAAUGGGCACCCGGCCAGCAACCUUCAAUAUCCCCAAGGUGGUCAUUGUUGUGACAGAUGGACGACCUCAAGACCAGGUUCAAGAUGUGGCAGCAAGCGCCCAGGCAGCUGGCAUCGAGAUCUAUGCAGUCGGGGUAGACCGGGCAGACAUGCAGUCCCUGAGGAUUAUGGCCAGCGAACCGCUGGAUGAACACGUCUUUUAUGUGGAGACCUACGGUGUGAUCGAAAAGCUGACAUCCAAAUUCAGAGAGACUUUCUGUGCUGCGAAUGUGUGUGCGCUGGGGAAUCACGGCUGCGAGCAGGUCUGCGUGAGCAACGGCGGCUCCUACCUUUGUGACUGCUAUGAAGGCUACGCUCUCAAUCCAGAUAAGAGAACCUGCUCAGCUGUGGACAUGUGCGCACCUGGAAGGCACGAGUGUGAUCAGAUCUGUGUGGGUAACAACGGAUCCUACGUCUGUGAAUGCUAUGAAGGCUACACCCUGAAUCCAGAUAAGAAGACUUGCUCAGCCAUGGACACGUGUGCACCUGGAAGGCAUGAUUGUGCGCAGGUCUGUCUGAGCAAUGAGGGAUCCUACAGCUGCGGCUGCUUUGAAGGCUACACUCUGAAUCCAGAUAAGAAGACUUGCUCAGCUGUGGACAUGUGUGCACCUGGGAGGCACGACUGCGAGCAGGUCUGCGUGAGAGAUGAUCUCUUCUACACCUGUGACUGCUACCAAGGCUACACUCUCAACCCAGACAAGAAGACUUGUUCAAAAGCCAUAACGAGCAGCCUCGUAACAACUGAAGAAUCCUGUAAGUGUGAAGCCAUAGCUGCCCUGCAGGACUCAGUCACCUCACGUCUUGAAGCUCUGUCCGCAAAAUUAGAUGAAGUGUCUGAGAAGCUGCAGGCAUAUCAAAGCAGACAGCAGGUCGUCUGAGCUAUCAUUCUAUUUAAUUCUAAAAUAAUCUUUCAGAAGCAAUCCUUUUUAUUGUGUUCAGCAAGCUUUAUUUUGUUGCACAGCUUACAAAACAGCAGUUGGUUUGUUAUUAUUGACAAAUGUCAAGAAGACUUCAGGAAGACGACAGUCUUGAAAAUGCAGUGACCCUGAGGAUCUUCAUGUAGUCACUUCAUAACCAUAAAGCUACCUAUACCUGCUGCGCUUCACGUUGUACUACAAGUAGUACAGCGGGUACUGCUUUUCUGCAGUAACUGCAUUUUAUAAAUAAAUACAGAAAAAAAUGAAUGGAUACGGUAUAUCACAUUAUAUAAAACUGUGAAGUAGCAAGGCAGAGCAAAAAAAGUGCCUAGGCCAUCUGUCCAUUAAAUGGGGAAGUCAUUUGGGGUCUUGUAACUUAUUUUAAUAAAAUAAAGUAUGAUCAGCACACUGAUGUUGGAAGUUUUUUUGUAUACGACUUAAAGAAUGUGUUAUGAAAUAAAGUGUUUAACAAAAGCAAGGAAACAAAACCUCAAAGAUAAAGAAGGCAUAAAUGGCAGAAAUGCACAUAAUUAAACAGGAUACUAUCCCCAUAGUUGGAAAAAGAUCUGUUUGAUUUUAAACCUACAAGUCUUUGUUAAUACAGAUAAAAGGUUUAAUAGUAAUUUCAGGUAUUAAUAAUGUUGUUUAACACUCAGAAGGAUGAAAGACAUCCUCCAAUUUAAGGUUUUUAUCCUGCAAGAUUUACUUAAGUUAUUAGUCAGUCGUUCCUGUUGUCAUACCACGGACUUUACUGGGACUACUUGUAUCAAUUGGGCUUGUAGGAUAAAAUGCACAAGCUAACAAUUAAAAAAUUUAGUUGUGAAAGGA